UUUUUAUCGAAAAUUUUCACAGAUAAGUAUCGCCGGCCAUGUCAUGCAUAUACCCACACACUUGUUAUUACCAGCUUGUAACCCCAUACACGUAAAUUACUACUUCAAAAUUCAAAGGAAGAAAGCUAAUUAAUGAUCGGAAUCCAUGGCUGAGAACUCAUCAUCAACUUCUGUCCCACUAAGAAAACUUUCCACAUGCUCAAACUUCGCGUACACCGGAAAGCUCACGUUAAUCAUCGUCGUCGUUCUUGCAGUCGUUUGCCUUUUCUUCGCUUUCUUCCGUCUGUUUCUCCGGCGGACCUCCUGCCACCGUGGUCUCCGCCCCGACCACCGUCGCAGUGGUGUCCGGGAAGCAUCCGGUUCUGCGAUUUCUGCCCCUAUUGGGCCCGACCCAUCUUUACAUGAAACACUUCAAACUUUUCCCCAUCUUUGUUCGUCCUCCAAAUGGACUAAUAACGGCACGCCGGCGGAAUGCUCCGUUUGUUUGUCGGAGCUCAGAGAUGGUGAGACGGGUCGGGUUUUACCCGGAUGUGAGCACUGCUUCCACGCGGAGUGUAUUGAGAGGUGGUUCCGGGCCCACGCCAACUGCCCUCUUUGCAGAGCCCGGAUCCUGCUCGUGAAAAGCCCGAGUCAUCUCAUCCACUGCAGGGCGGAGGCAAUUCCUUCUGCCGGUUCUCAGCCGGUAAACACCCCUCCGGCGUUGAUGGAUCAGACAAUGGAAGUGUCGGUUAGAAUUGAGAAGUAGCCAAACGCUUUUUUGAAAGCAACUUUUUAUCCUUGUUGACCUAUGUGGAAGGUGUAGCUCAUGCCUCAUGCAUAUGAUCCAAGUAGUUCUAAUUUUUAUACAUAAAUCUAGAGUUAUUGUUUUUUUGUUUUAUGAUAUUCAAGUCAUCAAGUGAUAAACUCAUAAAUUUUUUCUAAUAAUUAUUCAUAAUUAAUUUUUUAUGAUACUCUUUAAAAAUUUAUUUAUUAGAAAACUCUAACGGAAGUUCAUAGUUCUAUUCAAUUUAAGUACUACUUUUGUUCUUUUUAAUUGCAACAUUUUGGCUUUCAUGCUUG